CAUAUCCAGCGGCCAAGUCAGCGAUUCCGAAGGGGGCUGCGCCUCGUAGGUCACUGUCUCCGCGUCGGUGUUUGGUGUUUCUCCGUGGCUGUCGGGGCGAGCAGCACGGCGGCAUCAUGGUCGAGGAGGUUCAGAAGCAUUCUGUGCACACACUUGUGUUCAGAUCAUUGAAGAGGACCCAUGACAUGUUUGUAGCUGAUAAUGGGAAACCUGUGCCUUUGGAUGAAGAGAGUCACAAACAAAAAAUGGCAAUCAAACUCCAUGAUGAGUAUGGUCCUGUGUUGCAUAUGCCUACUUCAAAAGAAAGCCUGAAAGAAGAGGGCGCUCAGAAUGCCACAGAUUCCUAUGCACAUAAGCAGUAUUCUGCCAAUCAAGAACAAGAAGUUGAAUAUUUGGUGACAGGUACACGUCCUUAUCCACCAGGACCUGGGGUUUCUCUGACAGCCGACACUAAGAUCCAGACAAUGCCAAGUGAGUCCACUGCGCGGUCCUUAGCUGUGGCCUUGCCCUCUUCCCAGACCAGGGUUCAUGGAAAGGGCACUGCACCUGGGGCUUCUGACCGUUCACAGACUACGGUGAUGAAUUCAAUGUUUAUGGAGUCUGGCAGAGCCAAGAACUCAGCACUGAUGUCUACAAAAGCCCCUACGAUGCCCAAGCCUCAGUGGCACCCACCAUGGAAACUCUACAGGGUUAUCAGUGGGCAUCUUGGCUGGGUUCGAUGCAUUGCGGUGGAACCUGGGAAUCAGUGGUUUGUUACUGGAUCUGCUGACAGAACUAUAAAGAUCUGGGACUUGGCUAGUGGCAAACUGAAGCUGUCAUUGACAGGGCACAUCGGCACAGUGCGGGGUGUGAUAGUGAGCACGCGCAGCCCUUACCUGUUCUCUUGUGGAGAAGACAAGCAGGUCAAAUGCUGGGACCUCGAAUAUAAUAAGGUCGUCCGGCACUACCACGGGCACCUGAGUGCAGUGUAUGGCUUGGAUUUGCACCCAACAAUUGAUGUGCUGGGAACCUGUAGUCGAGAUUCAACGGCUCGGAUUUGGGAUGUGAGAACAAAGGCCAGUGUACACACAUUAUCUGGUCAUACAAAUGCAGUGGCCACCGUGAGGUGUCAGGCCUCAGAGCCCCAGAUUAUUACCGGAAGCCAUGACACCACAAUACGACUGUGGGAUCUGGUGGCUGGAAAGUCAAGAGUGACCUUAACAAACCAUAAGAAGUCAGUGCGGGCUGUGGUUUUACACCCACGACAUUACACAUUUGCAUCUGGUUCUCCAGAUAACAUAAAGCAGUGGAAAUUCCCCAAUGGAAGUUUCAUGCAAAAUCUUUCUGGUCAUAAUGGCAUUAUUAACACAUUGACAGUAAGUUCCGAUGGAGUGCUUGUGUCCGGAGCUGACAACGGCACCAUGCAUCUUUGGGAUUGGAGAUCGGGCUACAAUUUCCAGAGAAUCCAUGCGGCCGUGCAGCCUGGCUCAUUGGACAGCGAGUCAGGAAUCUUUGCUUGUGCUUUUGACCAGUCAGAAAGUCGGUUACUGACAGCGGAAGCAGAUAAAACCAUUAAAGUGUACAGAGAGGAUGAAACGGCGACAGAAGAAACUCAUCCAGUCAACUGGAAACCAGAGAUUACCAAGCGAAAGUGUUUUUAGUGUGGCAUUGUAUAUAGGGUGGUUCCCUUUUCUUUUUUUUUUUUUUUUAAACGUUUGACAUUGAUGAGAUUGUCCAGUUGUCCUCUGUGUAGUUAUGACUACGAAGCUGAAACUCAACUUGUUAGAAUUGUGUCUGGUUUGUGUUGUACAAUAAACUCUCCCUUGCCUCCACACA